CUCGAUAACCAUCCCCGAGAUUGCGCGUAUUUCGUAACGCAACGGGAAAUCGUAACGCCCAGAGGACGAUGGUGUCGAGGUGCCGGAGAUGUCUUGAGAUCUUGAAAUCAGUCAGAAGUCAGUGAACGUCUUAAAAGGACAAUUGUUGACAGCACGGCCAUUAUUUCAGCUUCGGGAUUUCGAGCGAAGUGACCGGCGACGUGACGAAGCGGCUGCAGCCGCCACAGAUGAGAAGACGGCCUUCUUCGUCUUCGAAUGAUGACGAUGAGUGUCAUGCAUCGCGUGUCAACCUUCCAUGAAUAUCUAACAAUGAAAGCGAAACCGCGGCUCCAAUUAUGUCCACUUGUCAUGUUCAGACGACCAAAGCAACUAUAUAUGCUCGAAAGCAGUCUCCACGCAGUCAGUCCAUGACACUGAAUAGCCAUAUUUCGUUUUCUAGGAUUGACCUGUGAUCAUUAUAUCAGAGAGCCUCGUCUUUGCCGCUGUCGAAGAUGACGUUCCGAAUUUUGCGAACUUUAACCGUGGCAAUAAGUUGUUUCGCUGUUCUGGUCGGUUGCAAUCCAAAGUUUGAUGACGGAGGGUUUGUACCAAGUUCCAUCAGUUAUGUGGAAAAGCAUGCGAAGGCGCAGGAUCAAAUAGCCAUGCCGUCAUCUCAGAUUAUUAAACAACGCGAAGAAAAUCCGCCGAAACGCGAAUCUGAGAUGAAUGACGUCACGGAUCGCGGCCAGGAAGCGAGAUUUGGUUUCACCAAUAUCGGAGGUACAGGAAGCGGCUACGGCGUGUCACCUUAUGCACCGGCAAAGAUAGAUCUUGGUGGACUUCUCUUGGGAGCCAUCAUUGGCGUGGGAUCAAUCCUCAUCAUCCCAAAGUUGCUUUAUAUCCUAUCGGGUACUUAUGGCGCAUAUGCGAGAAGUGAGGACUCCGGUUUCGCCCAGACCUUAACGAAAAUCGACGACGUUCUCGCUCGUCACGGCAUCGACACGACCUCGUGCAUACAACGCGCGGUGUGCACCUAUUCGCAGCAGGCGGCCGCCGUAAUCGGCGAUGAGAAUGGGAAUGGGAACGAGAACGAUAAGGAUGAGAAAGCAACGUCCUUCGACAGGAUGGUGAACGCCAUCACCAGCAAUCAAGUAUUCCGCACCGCCAUGCAGGGUACGGCGAUCGAGGAGGCGGUGGAAGCCGGCAGGGCCAACCGAAACUGCUCGAGAUCGUAUCCGCAUUGCGGCUUCUCGAUGGAGACGAUGCUGUCGCUACUGGCUAACAUUAUCGCGGCGGCAAAUGCGCGACCCGCGAUGCCCACCGCCGCUUCGUCGCUAUAAAACAGUUUAUUUACAUAAUUCUCAACAUUCUUCCUUCAAAAGUUGAAUAAAAGACAACGUGAAAAAAAUACCCAAUUAAAUCAAGAAAGGACAACCGCACUGAAAACUCUGAUUCAUUAUGUCGAGCAUCCUGUACACUUUCCGCAACGCGAUGAGGAGGAAAAAUGGGAAUCCAUUCACGGUUUUAAAAUGGUUUAAUAUUGAUACAACAUUGUUUAUCGUGAAGAGCGGAUGCUUUGGGAUUACUGCUCUUUCGCGAUAUUUUAGUUGGAUUUGUACAACGAUAAUCUCAUCUUUAUUUCAUAGAGAAUUACAUGUGUAUAUGUGUGUGUGUGUGUGUGUGUGUGUGUGUGUGUGCGUGUAUGCGUAUAAACUAAUAAUAAAAGUGAAACCCUCUGUCGAACCCCCCGCGUUCGUGCACUCAGCGUGACACCUUCCCUCUCUUUUAGUUAUGUAGAAAAUAUUAUAUAGUUUACAGCUUUCACAUUGAAAAAAAUAAAAUCGACUAGAGUCGUGACGCGAUUGCGUCGCUCUUAAUACGUGUCAACAAUCAGUACAGGCACUGCCCAUGACAACAUCGUUUUACCCUAUAAAUGCGACGUUCUCUUCGGACAACAAUACGCACAUCACCCACACAUAGACGCGAGGGUGAAUCAUAAAGUAAAGGCAUAAAGCAUCUUUCUCAUUUUUUCACUCUUUUGACUCGUUACAAUGCAAUUGUCUUCAUCAAUUGAAAAAUUAAGUCGAUUAAAAGAGAAAAGAAAUUUUAUAAUUUUCUAUAAUAUUUUUAAAACAAUUCUCGCAAAAAUUAGAAGAUCAACGCAAAAUACUACUAACUAAUAAAGUUAACUAUUAAAUAUAAUAGAUUCUCAUUCCGUCCUUUAACAUGUGUAUUAUAAAAAAUUCACACUUUAUAUAGAAAGAAAAAUAUAAUUUCUAUAUGUAUUAUAAA